AUGGUGUGGUUCGCGCCCUACUAUGGGUAUAAACCGCUCAUUCUGUAUCUCGUUUACCAUCUCGUUCUAUUUCCCCUCUUUCGUUCCGAUCUUCGCUUUAUCCCAGGACCAGCCCUUUCCAAAUUCACUGACCUCUACCCUCUCUUACUCGCUCGUACUGGAUCUGCUCACGAGCAUCACCUCCACCUUCACAAGCGUUAUGGGCCUUUCGUUCGUCUGGGGCCCAAUAAUGUUUCUGUUGGCUCUCCCGCUGCCAUCCCCAUCCUCUAUAAUGCACGUACUCGAUACCCCAAGUCAGCGUUUUACCCGGUGAUGGGAAAUGUCGCUCAUGGAAAGGUUGUUCCUAUAAUCUUCUUCAUGCAGGACGAAUCCAUUCACGAGUCGAUGAAGCGGCCCAUUGCCCAGGUGUAUGCCAUGACAAAUUUUAAGACAUACGAGCCGCUGAUAGACAGCACCAAAUCUCUCUGCUUAACCAAAUUGGAGAAAUUCGUAGAGGAAGGGAGACCCCUAGACCUGGGCACCUGGCUGCAUUGGUUUACCACGGACGUCAUUAUGGAGAUUACAUUUGGAAAGAGGCUUGGGUUUUUGGAAAGGGACGAGGAUGUGGAUGGUAUGCUAGAGACAAUAGAGAAGCGGUUUUGGUAUACCGGUCAAAUGCCCUGGCUCGAUAGGCUACUACACAGGAAUCCCCUUGUCGACCUUUUCACACGCUUUGUUUCGAAGCCAAGCGUCUCUCCAGUUCUGGAGUUCUCUCUCAAAAGAAUAGCAGAGCAGAAAAGUCAGCGUCAUGACCACCCCGAAAGAACAGGGCAAGAGCCGGACUUCCUGGUCAUGUAUCAUCUCUUGAAAAAUCCGGACUCUAUGAAGACUUUAAUUGCCGAGUUAGAAAAUUCCAAUCAUCCAUCACCAGUCCCCUGGGAUAUUGCCCAUAAGCUUCCCUACCUUGACGCUUGCAAUAAGGAAGCCUUGAGGAUCACCCCGGCCAUAGGGAUAUCAUUGGAGCGAGUUGCUCCAGCGGAAGGAAUAGAGCUAUGUGGCAAGUAUUUCGGAAGCGGAACAGUUCUCGGAGUCAACGCUUGGAUGGAACGGGCAUUGUUUGCGUUUGCAGGGGGGUCGAGAGUUUGCCUGGGCAAAAACAUCUCGUAUCUGGAGAUGUAUAAGGUCAUUCCUGAAAUGCUACAAAGGUUCAAGUCCAAAGACUCACGAAAGAACUGGUCAUUGAAAAAUGGAUUUUCUACCUACACGAGGGAUGUUGAAGUCUCUAUUCAAAGAAGGGAGAGCUCUUGA